AUGUUGAUGGCAGAUGACCAAGAAAAGUACUUUCGCAAUGGCUUACGAAACUUAAACGUUUUUGAUAAUACAGAAACUAUAAUACAAGAUAUAGAUGACACCUAUAAAAGUGACGAUGCUUUGAAAAAGCGAGAGUCCAGGUUCAAGGGAGUCUACUAUAUCACAAAUUUAUAUAAAUGGUUCAUGAACCUCUCUUUCAUUACUCGUUGGCUUGCUUUGUGGUUUCCUUUAGCUUGUUUAUUGGUGGUCCCUUUGGCUGUAGGUGUAUCACCAAAAUACCGCUAUGCGAAACUUGGUACUGUCCGUAUUUUUUGGAUUUUUCUUUGGUUUGAGAUUGCUUGGGGUAGCUUUUGGGUCUCUCGCUUAGUCGCAAGUAUUCUUCCCUAUUCUUUAUACCCUAUUGUUGGGAUUUUCCCCUUCACAGCUUAUAAGCUUUCCGUCAUCGUCUCUGCCAUUGAAUUGCCCUUGGCUUUCCUUUUCACUUGUAUAAUAUGUAUUUGCACAUUCCCACCUAUUAUGAUAAAAAAUUCCGCUCCUGUAUCUAACAAUUUGGGCAAUGCCACGCUGACUCCUGCUGCAUCUGGCACCGCUAAUGUCAACCCCAAUGUAAAUCUAGCCAAUUCGUUUUCCACUGCCUCGGACGUCCAGUCUUGGAUAAAAGUCUGUACGAAAAUAAUCGGUGCUUUUGUGAUUCUCAGUAUUGUUCUUCUUUUAGAAAAGACAAUCCUACACUUUAUUGGCUUCCAUUACCAUGAAGUGCAAUAUCAAUUCCGUAUUGCUGAUAAUAAAAAGCAUCUUUCCAUGCUGACCAAGCUUUUUAUAGCAUCUAUGAAAGCUCCAUAUAGAGAUUCACCAUCUGUUUUGCAACAGGAUUAUAUCCUUCACUUACGUACCUCUGAUCCUUUGGCUAAGGAUAAUGCUCCUCGUCAUAUUCGACAGGUUAAGCGCCUGAAAAGGAACGCCAAGAAAGCAUUCAACAAAACAAGAUUAGUAGUCGGUUCCGUCUUUAAUAAUAUUGCUGGUUACUCGCAUAAACCAUUUACCGCUGAAGAAGAGUUUAUUAUCGAAAUGCUUCGGUCUCGAAAAAGAUGUCUUGCUAUUGCUAGAAGAAUUUGGUACGCCAUCGUUCCUACCGGAGAAGAUUCUUUUAAAAAAGAAGAUCUUUCUGGUCUUAUUCGUGAUCAAGAUGACAUUAGCUUUAUAUUUGAGAUUCUAGACAGAGAUUACAGUCGUAGUAUCAGCUUGGAAGAAUUAGAGCAGUUUAGUAGAGAAGUCGCCGAUGAAUUCUUUUCUAUUCGAAUUUCCUUAAGAGAUGUCGAUGUGGCUUUAUCCAAGUUGGAUUGUGUUGGACUUGCAGCUGUUGGUGUCAUUGGGGUCCUUAUUUUUAUUUCCUUUUUGGAUACAUCCUUUGCAACCAUUCUAGCGGCAUAUGGAACAACUCUCCUGAGUUUAUCCUUCAUUUUUGCAGCCACCGCCCAGGAACUAAUGUCUUCCAUCGUUUUCUUAUUCAGUAAACACCCUUUUGACAUUUCAGACGUGGUUGUCAUUAAUGGGACAAAGUACGAAGUGGUAACCUUGUCUUUACUAUGCACAGUUUUUCGCACCAUGAGUGGUUCAACUGUACAAGCCCCCAAUUCUCUACUUAACACUUUGUUUAUUGAGAAUUUGCGGCGCAGUUUGCCUCAAAGUGAGUCCGUAACAUUGACAGCUCCUUUUGCUACGGACUUUAAGCAAUUGGAACGUCUGCGGGACCUUUUACUCGAGUUUGUUAAGGAGAAUGAUCGCGAUUUUCGACCUCUUUUGGAUUUGUCGGUUCUAGAUUUUUCAGCAUUGGAUUCACUCAAAUUCACAGUAACUUUUUACUACAAAUCAAAUUGGCAGAAUACUGCUUUACAAGCUAUACGUCGAAAUAAAUUUAUGUGCGGUCUUAUCAAUGCUGUCCGGGAUGUGAAUUUGCCAGCUGUGAGUGACCCAGUCCGUGGUUCUCCCGAUAACCCUUUUGUUAUUGAGCGACUUUCAAAGGAACUUCCACAGCCUCUUAGGGACCAUAAUGUGAGGCCUUCAUUCACCGACGUUUCCUCUGCCGCUAGCUCUCCAUCAUUUCAAAAUACACCCAACUAUCCUGUCAUCCAAGCAGACAAACAAGAAGGUGAACCAUCAAGGGGUGAAAGCCCAGGAAUGAAACCAGAUGUAAAGUCUAUAAAGUCUGCUAAUUCAAACACCAACGCAGCUCCGGUGAAAUACAUCCGUCAGACGCUAGCCACUUGGGAAGUUCCUGAGCUUAUGAAUUCUUUGGAUGCCUUAGAUAGGAGCCACGAGGUCUCUGAAGGAAUUCAAAAAGCACAGGAUGUCGAAACAUUUACUACUAACGAACAGGCUGAAGAGCAGGAGGAAGCUUUAUCGUCUAAUGAGCAUAACAACUCUUUUGAGCAGUAA